UGCUGCAUUUCCUAUUACCGCACGGGACAGGGGAGCUUUUCGACUCAGCUUCAAAGCCAUGGAUGGCGCAAACGCUAAAUUGUCUUUCAAUCGAAAGUGUGUUAUGUUAACUUUUCUGUUCGUUUGUUCAUUGCAACUGUCCCGAUCAAAGCGAAUAUUCAAGUGUCCUUCAGGAUGCACUUGUACGACAGAUUCUAUCAUUUGCGUCGGUUCGCCUUCCAUCCCAAGAUCUAUACCGAGUGAAAUCAACUCUCUGAGUAUUGUUAAUUGCAGUUUUCCAGAAAUCCAGGAGGCUAUGUUCUCUCUCAUGCCUUCACUGCAGUUACUUCUUCUUAGUUCAAAUUCAUUCUCUGCCAUAAAGGAGGAUGCAUUCUCUGGGCUUCCCCACCUCGAGUACUUGUUCAUUGAGGGUAACAAGAUUGAAGAGAUAAGCAAAUAUGCUUUCAGAGGACUUCGCGAUGUUACGCAUUUAUCGCUGGCAAACAACAAUAUAAAAACACUGCCCAGAGGUUUUUUUUCUGAUCUGCGCUCUUUAAUUGAGCUAGACCUACGAGGGAACAUUUUCCAUUGUGACUGUGAGUCGAUGUGGCUGAUGCUCUGGUUAAAAAGAUCCAAUGCCACAAUUUCAGAUGUUUACUGUGCCAGUCCAUCUAACAUGAAGGGUGUCCUUCUAAAAGAUGUGCCAGAAAAACACAGCAAAUGUGUCUCUACGGAUUUUGUUCAGCAUCAGAUAGUAAACACCCAAUCCAUGUCGGCAGACAUCUUCUUUCACAAAGAGGAUAUAUACGUUGCGAUGGCAGUUCCAAAUUCAGACAGCUGCAUAAUCAUGGAAUGGGAUCAUAUUGAGACGAAAUUCAGACCUUUUGAUAACAUCACAGGACGCUCUGUCGUUGGCUGCCGGUCUGUUCUGAUCAAUGAGUAGGCAUUUGUCAUUGUAUCUCAGCUUUUUGACAGCUCCCUUGUAUACAGAUAUGACCAAACGCAGAAUAAGUUCACCAAGUUUCAAGCGGUUGAAAUGCUCAACGUGUCCAAGCCAAAUGACAUUGAAGUCUUCCAGAUUGGAGAUGACUGGUUUUUACUUAUUGUGGACAGUUCCAAAGCUGGAAUGACCACCCUCUUUAAAUGGAAUGAGACGGGUUUCUACCCAUACCAGUUUCUUCACGAGUGGUACCGUGAUACAGACGCAGAAUUUUUGGAUUUAGAUGGCAAGCCUGUCCUCAUACUAGUUAGCCGCUCCCAGGUUCCUGUUAUGUUCCAGUGGAAUAAGAGCACCCAGAAGUUCGCUCUCCAUUACGAGAUACCGAACAUGGAUGACAUUGCCAGUGUGAAGGCCUUUAGGAUUAAUGAUAUUCUCUAUCUUGCCCUCGCCUGCUACAUUGGUGACUCAAAAGUCAUGAGGUGGACGGGCAAACACUUUGAAGAAGUACAGGGCUUCCCUUCACGUGGAGCCACGGUACUGCAGCCUGUCAGCUUCAAAGACCAGCAUUAUUUAAUUCUGAGCAGUGAUUACUCUUUUUCUCAUAUCUUCAGAUGGGAUGAGGAAAACCAGAAGUUUAACAAGUUCAGGGAUGUGUAUGUUCAAUGGCCACGCUCAUUUACCGCACUGUCUACGGACCAGCGUGACUUUGUGCUAGCCAGUAGCUUCAAAGGCAAAACCAAAGUGUUUGAACAUAUUUUGGUUGAUUAUACCAAAUGAAGUUAAGAGACGUGUUGUUAUUAAGUAUAUCUGUCUUUGAAUAUACUGUAUGUACACAUGUAACCGUAACAUUUAUGAAUGUAUAAUAUUAGGUCGCCAAAGGGCUGAAACAUUCUCUCUAUCGUCUGUCUUGCAAAAGCUAUACAUUUAUGCAACAUUUUCUAUUUAAAUCUGAAUUUAUAAUGCACAGCAGGUAAAUAUAUGCAAAAUGUAAUCAUAUUUGACUGUUUCAUCAUAUCUUGGUGCUUCAGAUAGUUUCUUGAAUUCCGAGUCCAAUGAGGUGAGGACUCGGGCUUCAGGUUAAUCCAAGACAUUGUGGACUUCUAAUGUAAUGCUGUUUUGACAUGCAAGCAUGGGCUAGCAGUGGUAUUAUUCAGUAGAGACCCUCAACAGCAUUGCUUUUGUAGACUGAAAGCCAUAAAGUAAAUUCUUUGUUUAUUUUAUUAUUUUUGCAGAGAAGCAGCUGUUUGUUAGUUUUAUUACUAUAGCUGGCGAAACUGUACUGAAUGUAUCUUUGGAAAUAUAAUAAUGAUAAUAAACGAAACAGCACAUUGAUUGCUUUGCUCAUCAUUC